UCGGAUAACCGACGAUACGACGAGAUAAAUAGACGAAUCACCAGAGCGCGGGCGCAGUGGCCGAGCGAGCAACAUGAAGUGGUUCUUAUUUUUGGCAGGAGUUUCGGUGGCGCUAUGCGCGGUGGCGAAGCCCAACAAGGCGUCCAUAAAGGUCCCUGUAAAGUCCUCCGUGAAGGCCACCACGCGCGACUUCUUCCUCAAUGAGAGGGAAACCGGCGGCCACUCCAUGGUCGUGCUGACCAGCAACAAAGGCAGCAUCAUCCUCGGGCACGUCGGCCGCAAGGCAGCUCUACAUGAAGAGGGCGUGACCUUCGACAUGGAGGCGGCUCUCGAUGAGGCCAGCGGCGGAUGGAAGGUGUCCGUCUCCUGGGAAGGGCCCAGCGACAAGAUCUUUGAGGACUGUUACAACUUCAGACACAAAGAAUGGUACGGAGGCCCUGAACAGAAAGAACAGAUCUGGCCACUCCAGAAGAGCAAAUUGGAAAAAUACUCCAUGAUCUCCAAGGAGGACGACAACGCAGCCGUUUCUGAGAGAUACUGGCUCAACUCCGCCGGUUACUACUUCUACGUUCACCCUGAAGCUCCUCUCUUCGUUGACUACCACAACGUAGAAGAAAACCAUAUCUGCUUCAUCUCCGAAGUAACCGCUCCUUACUCCACCAAACGCACCCGUAACGUCCUGAAAUACGACAUCUGGUUCUUCGACGAUCCGAAGAUAGCUCAUCAACACGCCGUCGACACUUACCUGGGCAAGCCAUCUGGUAUUCCCGACUACAGAAUGAUCCAAUACCCAGUCUGGUCUACCUGGGCGAGAUACUCCCGAGAAAUUGACCAGGAUCUGCUCUGGAAAUUUGCAAACGAAAUCGUUGACAACGGAUACCCGAAUGCCCAGUUCGAGAUUGACGACUUAUGGGAAAUCUGCUACGGUUCUCUGACCGUUGACGAGAGGAAGCUUCCCGACUUGAAGCAACUGAUUCAGGACAUCAAGUCACUGGGCUUCAGAGUGACUAUCUGGGUGCAUCCGUUCAUCAACAAGGACUGCGAUCCUUGGUACUCGGAAGCUUUGGAGAAAGGAUACCUAGUCUUGAAUGAGGAAGGUAGCCCCGACACCUCGUGGUGGAACAACAACGGCUCCGUUCCCGGUUACAUCGACUUCACCAACCCUGAAGCCUCUAACUGGUACACGCAGCGCGUCCAGAACCUCAUCGACACAUACGGCAUUGACAGCUUGAAGUUUGACGCCGGAGAGUCUAGCUGGUCUCCUCAGGUCCCCGUUCAAGAUGGCGACAUCGACCUUCACCCCGGUCACAUUGUGGCGGCGUACGUACGCGCCGUGUCCCAGUUCGGGCCCAUGAUCGAAGUCAGGUCCGGCAUGAGGACCCAAGACCUGCCCGUCUUCAUCCGUAUGGUCGACAAAGACACGUACUGGGGCUUCAACAACGGUCUCGCGACCCUUGUCACCACCCUCCUGCAGAUGAACCUCAACGGCUACACAUUAGUACUACCUGACAUGAUCGGAGGCAACGGGUACAACGACAAGCCCAGCAAGGAGCUGUUCAUAAGAUGGCUGCAGGCUAAUGUUUUCAUGCCCACGCUGCAGUACUCCUUUGUGCCGUGGGACCAUGAUGAAGAGACCGUAGAAAUCUGCCGCAAGUUCACACAGUUACACGCGGACUUCGCCGACGCGAUCGCAGCCGCCAUGGAAGCGUCAGUGCAGAAUGGCACGCCUGUCAACGCGCCUAUCUGGUGGCUGGACCCUACUGAUGAAGACGCACUACCCAUUUGGGACGAAUUCCUGCUCGGAGAGAAGAUCCUGGCUGCCCCAGUGAUGGAAGAAGGCGCAGUCUCCCGCCACAUCUACUUGCCCACUGGUCUCUGGAAAGACGGAGUCUCUGGCGAAAGCAUCCAGGGUCCUAUCUGGUUGAUGGACUACCCUGCACCUCUUGACACCUUGCCUUAUUUCGUUCUUGAAGACUAAGAAGCUGUGUCUACUCUUUUGGUUUUAAUUGAGAGAGGUGUUGUGUAAAUAAAUAAGUUAUUUAU